AAUCUCUCUCCGUCUCUCCCUGCGUCUCUCCGUCUCUGUCUCUCUCGUCCCUCUGGCGUGUGUCGAGUUGUGGUGAGCCAUGAGGAAGCUCAAGUUCCACGAGAAGAAGCUGCUGAAGAAGGUCAACUUCCUGGAAUGGAAGAGGGAAGGCGGCCACAGGGAAGCUCAGGUCAUGCGCCGCUAUCACGUCACCGGUCGAGACGAUUACAAGAAGUACUCGAGCUUGUGCAGGAUGGUGCAGAAGCUGGUCAACAUACUGAAGCAGAUGGACCCGAGAGACCCUUUUCGUGUCGAGAUGACGGAUUCGCUUCUCGAGAAGUUGUACAACAUGGGAGUAAUACCGACGCGAAAAAGCUUGGCAUUGUGUGAUCACUUAUCAGUUUCAUCCUUUUGUAGACGGAGGCUUUCGACAGUGCUCGUGCGUUUGAAAUUUGCAGAGCACCUGAAGGAAGCAGUUACAUAUAUCGAGCAAGGUCACAUCCGAGUUGGUCCUGAUACGGUUACAGAUCCAGCUUUCCUCGUGACGAGGAAUAUGGAAGAUUUCGUGACGUGGGUAGAUACGUCGAAGAUAAAGAGAAAGGUCCUCCAGUACAACGAGAAGUUAGACGAUUACGAUGCAAUGAACUGCUAAGCUGUGUGCUGGAGGCACUGUGUUUGCAUACAGUUUAGCCAGCUCACACCGACGUUCAUACCACAUUCAUAGGUUCAUAUUCAAAAUUCGGAUGGCUUGCUUUGCACUGUUUUGAUGUAAUGGGAGUUGGGAAACAAAAUGAAAAAGGUGGUAGUCAUCAGAAGCUCCAGCUAAUUUUUGUUACUCAUUUCGCGAUGGCCAAGUUCACAAUAGGCAAAUGAGUUUCUGCUGCAUUGAAAUUUA